AUGGAAGGAAAGAAUGGAAUUUCAAUGUUAUUAGAACAAUUUGGAUAUGUUCAAAAUUUUUCAUUUGAUAAUGUAACUUUUCCAGAAGGGGUAUUACAAUAUAUUAUGAUACUUAGUUCUUUUUCAUGGUUUUGUGUUUGUAUAGCAGAGUUCUUUGUAUUAAUUAUUGUUAGUUUAUUUUAUCUAAAAGAUAGUAAAUAUUUCAAACGAGUAUUUGCAGCAAGUAUUUAUAUUGGACUUAGUGGACUAUCAAGUUUCUUUGGUUGUUGUGCAUCAAUCUUUGUAUAUCCAAGUGGUAGUUCUGCUUAUUAUUCAUUCCAUACAAUAUGUAUUUUUAUUUUAUUUAUUGCGCUUGUGUAUCGUCAUACUAUUACAUUAAACUGGAACCUUUCAUUAGUUAUAUUUGUUUGGAUAUUUUAUUUCUUUUUAAUAAGAAAUUGGUUAUCUCUUCGUAUUUUAAUACCAAUUGUACUUUACUUAGUUGUUUCACAUUUUUAUUUAUUGAAAUAUCAUUUUUUGAAUUCAAUGAAAUUUAUUAUUGGAGGUGAAAUUAUCAUUUUAUUCGCUUUUGGUAUAUUAGAUAUUAAACAACAACUUGAUGCAUGUAUUUUAUUUAUAAUUCUUGCUAUUUCAGAAAUUGCUAGUUUUGUUUCAAUUUCAGAUAUUGCCUUUAUGAUUUAUGAUUAUGGAAGAUAUAUUCAAAAAGACAAUAAGAAAAAGAAUUAG